AUGGUGGUGGGUUUAAAGAACCCGGGCUUCUCUGGCUGUGGCAGCACAGAGGUCCUGUUGGCCAGCAUGAGCACCACCUCUUGUAUUGUCGGCCUGUCGUCUGGAGACUCCUGCACACACAGCAGCCCAACCUGUAUGCACCUCAGGACAUCGGAGAACUGA